UCCCAAACUAUUCCAGUGAAUAACACAGCACAAAGAUCCUUUCCCCAUUGUCCAGAUAAUGAAACUGAGGCACAAAAAGGCUAAUGGACUUCCCCAAUUAAUUAUUCCUGUUGUCAGUGAAGCAGUGAGUAGAAUGCAGACCUCCUGGUCAAGAACCAAAUAUUCAUUUAUUGUAACAAAUAUGUUAAUAACCCAGGUUCCAUGUUUUCCUUAUUAAAAAAACAAAUGCUCUUCAGCUGAAGCUGUGUCAACAAAAAUAUUUAUCUCCAGAUUGCCUGCAAAAUGUUUCAAAGUGUGGAACAAUUUUUCUUCAAAAGCCAACCAAAUGGAAGCAAAUGAAAGAUAGUUUUACAAGCAGAAGUAUGACUAUUUUGCCAAUUUAUUAGAAAGUCUAGCAUAUCAACUAGGUAAAUAAUACCUACAUUCUAGGAGUUUCCCUUUCUUUGUGAUAAAUUGUCUAAUCACUAACUUUCGGAAAUCUUUUAGCAAAUUACUUGAAAAGGUUAUUCUUGAAUGGAUAUAGGGUUUGUUUUGUUUUGAUUUUGCCUCAAAUAUAUGCUGGUGAAGGAUUUAAUAAUUUUCUCCUUAGCUUAGGUUAUGCUUUAAAAGCAGUUCUAAGUUAUUUUUUAAUCCUUCGUUGCUAAGUUUUAUUGUGAUUUAGUUUACCUCUUUGUCUAGUACUAUACACUUGUGGUUUUGAAGAAUCUAAAUACCGCAGGCACUUAAGAAUUUCUGUAAGCCAUAAUUGUAUGACUAACCUGGCUCAAUGUUAAAGUUAGAUUUUUUUUCUAAUUUAUAUUGAGCUAAAGAGAAUCAUCUUGGGGUGUCAUUUAUUUAUAUACCCUUUUUAGCUAAAGCAUGAUCUCAUGAAAUGUUUACACCUUAACAGUUCUUUUCAAAAUCAAACAUGAAUAUUGGCAGCUUUAAUCUAGUUAGGUUUUAGGGAAUAAUUUCUUUGAAAGAAAUGAUUAUUCCUCACUGACUUUGGAUAAACUAUCUUCAUGUUUAUUCACAUUGAUCUUGUUUCUGGUGUGAAUCCUGCAUGGAUUUUAGGUACUAGCCAGAGAGAAGAUUACUAUCCUACAUUCAGUGAAUGAGUAGAUCCAGAAGCCACAUAGAUGCUUCCUGAAGAGAAAAAUUGGUGUCUAAAAAUAUUGAAUAUUUGUUUUCAUCAAGGCUCAAGGGGAGAACAUUAUGAAUCUUUAAAAUAUGACUUGCCAUUUGUUGUCCUCUUGACUGUAUGUGGCAUAUGUGGCAAACCCUCUGAGUUAGGACUGUGGAGCAUACCAAAGUCAUGCAGUUCUUCAGAGUUCAUGUGUACUUCGAUUUUUGUUUCAAAUAUUGUUCAAACUAUUAUUCAGUAUCCAAAGGUUACAUAGAGCCCAGUAGUUUAGAAUUGUUUUUAAAAAAAUUUUUCCUGCACUAACUGCUUUAAAAAAUUAUUUCUCCAGAGAGAUUUUAGGAUUUCAAGUAAGUUUGUGUUCAGUUUAGUUAACUGAAUACAGAAUUUUACCAUGCCAACCAGUAGGUUUUUUUUUAAUAAUCAAAGAAUAGGUCUGUUUUUUAACUGUCUCUCCUGGGUCUGGGACAGGAGAGGCCCUGUGGUUUAUCUGUGUUCACAUGGUGGCAGAGCAUAGAGAGGAGGUAGAUGACGAUUCUAAAGACUCCAAAAUAACCACAGGGCAAGCAGGUACACUGUACCAUUGGAUUGACUGAAAUCUGAGUACAUUUCGGAGUUGAGUAAUUCCUAACAGAUACUGGCCUGCGUGCUGUGAUUUAUCCCACCUGUGAAUUCCUGUGAUCUGCCUGGAAACUUGGUUUGGUGUAAUUUGCUCUUUGCCCCUUGCUGACGAAGAAAAUCAUGUAAGCAGAGCAGCUGUUUUGCAUGUAUGUGUGCUUUUUAUGUUGGCUUCACACCUUACCCUUUUCUAUUUUGAUGCUCUCCCAUGGAUCUUCUAAGUGUCAGAUAUACAUUAGAUUGUGCCCAUGAUAAUAAAAAUAUAUAUAUUUUUAAUGUACUCAACACAUUUAUAAUUUGACACACCUGGAGGCAUCAUCUAAUGUAGUAUAUACCUUUGUGGUUACUAUAUUUAAGAUUUGUUGGGUUAGGUAUCUUUUAAUUUAGGACAUAACAGCUAAGUAUUUGAGCAAACAUUUACUUCACAUGUCACAGAAAUUAAUGUUUUUGCAUAUUGUAUGUCAAUUAUUUACAGAAUUUGCACUUUUAUACCUCUGCCAACUGAAGUGAAAAGACCACACGUAUCUGAUUUUUAAAAUACACAUAUGUGUGUGUGUGUGUGUGUAUGUACAUGUAUGUAUAUUCUUUUGCUGUAUAACUGUCCUAGUUGCUUGUGUCCUUAAGCAAAUUGUGGUGGCAAGUAUUCAGGUAUGGCUGUGCAUCCAUGGAGAUACACAUUCAGAGUCAUAAUGUGCUGUUUGGUACUAUUAUUUUUUGAUGGGGGGAUCCUAUUGGUGUAUUUUGUAGGAAAAAUAUUAAGCCCAGAUCAUCCCAAGAAGUCAUAGUAGAGGGAAGAGAUUCAGUAACUAGGGGGAAGAAACAGAUAAAGAGAAAAGGACAGAGAGCAAGCAAGUGGCAAGUGGGUCCCUCAAAGAUGUGCCCCUUCAGUAAAUGCAAAAAACUCACCCAGUGCGCCUUGUAAUUAACUUUCUUGUGGAAACUAGCAAGACGCCUGAGCUCCCGCCCCUACUUGACUCAGGAUUUGUAACCCAGGUGAGCUUUACUACAGGCACAGAGGUGACAAACAGCAUGUGGGUUCAGGCCCAGUCUUUCUUACAGAGUCUAAUGGGAAAGAAAUAGUAAGAUGAGAUAGUAAUAGAGGUCACACCAAGAACCUUGGACUUAUAUAAUGUAAGGAUUUGGGAGUAACGGGGAACAAAGUAGAUUUGCAUUUUACUUAGAGCCGUACUGACUGAAAGGGAGAUGAACGUUAAGGACAAGGAGACUAUAAAACUACAUCAAAUUGUUAGAGGUCUAGAAAUCAAAGCAGCAAAUAGUGGCUUGAAAAUUUUUCAUUAAAUGUUUUCACUGUAAGUUGACAUUUCAGAGGUUCUUGGCUAAAACAGUCACUGAAGAAAUAUGGGAAGAGUAAAGGACUUGCUUUCUGAGUCACAUGUGAGUUACAGUGCGUAACAUUUUAAUAGGUGCUCGAGAUGACCCACCAAGGUUACUUAAGUUACACAAGCAUAAAUGCCUCUAAUUCCAAAAGACCCCGUAAGUGGCUGCUCUCAUGUUUGUGCUUGGGUUUUUAGUAGCUCAGUUUUAUUACACCUCUGAUAGUUGAAGUAUAUUCUAAACCAAGCAUCAGAAGUCAUGACGACCUCAUUUUCUCACUUUUGUUCACUACCAAAGUGAGGCUGCAGGCGAUGACAAAGGACAAAAAAAGAAUUACCAUCUGUGGACCCGUUUUAAGAGCAUUUAUCUUUUACUUUUAAAAGGUAAUCUUCAUGAGAAAAGGGGUCUUGGCUGCCACAUAAUGGGCACUCAGUAAUUAUUAAAUGGAUUAAUCCAUUUAACCCUGUGCUUAGAAAAUACUGUGUGCAGCAUAGAUGAAGACCGGAUCUCACCAUUGCUGCUUCCUGCAAAAUGCUCUGGAAGCCAUUUUCUGAUUUAAAGAGAGGUUUUUGUUUUUGUUAGGUGUAUAUAUGCCCUGAUGAUACUACUUAAUGUUGAUUUACAGUGGUUCUUGUUUUUUGAACUUGAAAAUGGGGUUACAAUGAAGGCUGCUUGGAAUCUGAUGAUUGUGAUUACGGUGUUGAUACCCAGUACACGCAGGCGCGCCGGAAGGGGUGAAAGGUGGAUGAGUCAGCGUGCCCUCACUUCGGUAAAGUGGAGCUGAAGUUGGUGCACUCGACCCGCAGCCUGACGGUUUGGUUCGGGAGCACAGGUUGAGAUUAUAGACAUCCUGCCAAAAUGAUCUCUCCAAAGUCCAGACUUAUCAUACCUUAUGGACUCACGACUCUGCUGGAGGGAGUUAGCAGAGCUAUUCUUAAGACCAAUCCACCAAACAUCACCCAGUUCGCAGAAGUUUAUUUUAAAGAACUUGCUGUAUUUAGAGAAGAGAAUACUUCUCUGGAUAUACAAGAUCUGGUUAAAAAGUUUCACCAGACUACAGUAGAGAGAUGGUCAGAAGGAACCACACAAAAGAAGAAACCAAACGGUGUAAAAGAACCGGAAAGAACAUCUGUAGUUUCCCAUGAACCUAAACGGUUGGAAAAAUCUACAGACACAGAGGAGAACAACGUAACCAGGCCACAAUGUAGUGAUAAAACCACCCAGUUCCCAUCAGUCCAUGCUGAGCUGCUCUCGGAGCCUGAGGCAGCAGCUGACGCAGCUUGUGGUCCGAAGCCAUCCACCCUGAAGAUCACUAUUCCCCCCCCAUCACCACCACCACUAACUCUCUCACCAGAGUUUGCCUACGUGCCAGCCGACCCAGCUCAGUUUGCUGCUCAGAUGUUAGGUAAAGUUGCAUCUACUCAUUCUGAUUCAUCUGACAUUUUAAUGGUGGAUGUGGCUACAAGUAUGCCUGUUUUAUCCGAGGAGGCGCUGGGCUCAGAGGCUGAAGAUCACACGGUUGCCGCUCCAAUUGCGUGUUCUGGAAAGGUGGUUGGGGGGGUUAUGAGCCAAACAUCUGUCCAUAUAGGUUUGGGUUCUGAGCCUAAAGACUAUGAGGGUGCACCACCAACAGCUUCCUCAGUCCCCAUGCAGGAUGAACAAGAACCUCCUGCUUAUGAUCAAGCUCCUAAGGUUCCUUUGCAGGCUGAUAUUGUGGUUACAUCCAUCGUUCAUAUAUCAUCUAUCUCUAACGAUGAGCCUGUGAUUGAAGUUGUUGUUUCUGUUGAACAAAUACCACAACAAAGAGUUGUCCCUUUUACUGAUCACGUUGCUUGUCCUAAAGAACAUGAGCAGUCACCACGAGUUAGUCCCAGACUUGUAGGAGACAAGAUGGCCUCAGGCAUGUCUGAAAAAUCUGUAGGUUCUGCCAAACUUGUACAGUUUGAGGAUACAAAAGGCGAUACCUCAGUAAAUGUGGAGGUGAAAGGCUCCACCACAACAGUAUGCUUGGAAAACUCCCUGCACCUGGAAGUCCCUGGCUCUCCUGGGCAGGAGUCCUGCGAACACGCAGCGUCCCGGGCGCCAGAGGGCGAACCUGUGCUCCCUGGGGAGGCUGCAGGAGCGGCGCGCCCCGCUGCGCCUGUGAGAUCAUCUGGCGGCCCCCCACUUCCUGUUCCAGAAAUGGAACCAGAAUGGGAAACAACACCUGAACCAGUUUUGAUGGAGUCGGCAAUAGCAGCAAGUGAAGCAGGACAACCACCACCAUAUUCUAACAAGUGGACCCUUUACUGUCUAACUGAUAUGAAUCAACAAAGUCGCCCAUCACUGCCACCUGCACCUGGGCCUUUCCCCCAAGCAGUCCUCUAUUUAUCUAAUCCUAAGGAGCCACACUUCCUGCAGCACCCACCCAAAGUCACUUCUCCAGCUUACGUGAUGAUUGAAGACAGCAAGAAGGGCAAUGCCCCGGCACCUUUUAUUCUAGUAGGGUCACAUGUUCAAGAGGCUCCGGACUGGAAACCUCUCCCUGGACAUGCUGUGGUUUCUCAGUCAGAUGCCUUGAAGAGAUAUGCUGUAGUACAAGUACCCAUUGCUGUUCCUGCAGAUCAGAAAUUCCAGAAACAUACCCCAAAUCCCCAGAAUGGCAGUCCUUCUACAAGUGGACAAGAUGUCCCCAGGCCUCAAGGCCCGGUUUUUCUUUCCAUUGCUUUCCCAGUAGGAGAGGUAGCCGAAAAAGGUUCAGGAUCUAGUGACAAACAUACUCCCUUUGGAAGUUAUGGUAUUGCUGGAGAAAUAACUGUGACUACUGCCCAUGUUCACAAAGCAGAAACUCAAAACUGAUGCUGAAAAUGACACUGUUUGAAUCGACAUCCAAGUGAAGCCUGCCACCACAUGUAAUGUGUCAAUAAACUUCAUGCAAGCAAAAAGCCUGUAUUCUUAUUUUGUAAUCUAGGAGAUACACAACAGAACACACAGGUCUUAAAUCUUUUUGGAUGUAGAACACAACAGCAUUUUCCUACUUUUAUAUCUAUAUCAUAAAGAAAACUGCAGCCCCCCCUACAGUGGUGCCCAGUCAGGUACCCCUACUUGAUCGUUCUGUGGUUGGCACCUCACUACAACACC